AUGGAAUGGAUGUAUUCAUUCCUUAUACAGAUUAUAAUUACAGCAUCCAGUGGUGUGAAGGUGAAGCAGAUGCUGCUGAUGGAUGACGUUGCAGGCUCGCACCACGCUGCGAAGGACCCUCUUCAGUGCUACGAAAGGACCUUGCCUGCAGCCCUGGUUGGAGCAACAGUUCACAGUGAGAAUGACUAUGAACAACCUGAGCUUCAGAGGGUGGAGACAUGGCAGCAAUCAAUCAAAAUCUUACCAGCCAGGCCUAUAAGGGAAUCAGAAUAUGCAGAUACACGCUCUUUCCAGGAUGUGAUGGACCUUUCAGUAGACGACGGCUCCAAGACCUCUUUUCCCAUUGAGAGGAAACCUAGGAGCACACUGCUUCAUUGGGAAGACGAGGACAAAGUCAUGUCAGAGGACACCAGCAGCCAACAUACCAAAGGAGAAGCCAUGUCCCCCAGAGUUGGGAACACAAAGAUAGGUGACAAACUCAUAAAAAGAGUCAAGACAGAUGAGCUUAAAGGAUUUACAAGAGUUCCUCAUCAUCAUGUGGAGCCUGAAGUGUCUCACUUGCCACAAAACCAGAAUUUCCCAGGGAUCCCUUUGGCUGCUGCCAGCUCUUCCUUCAUGACGAGCCCCCACAGUGUGCAAAGCAGAGUUCAUAAUGGAAGCCUGCAAUCCCAUUCUCCUCAGCGAUGUCCAUCUCCAACCGGCUACAACUCUCACGAGAAUCAGUUACCUUGCAAAAACAUGAGCUGGAAAAAGCCUUAUCCCCCAUCAUGGGAUACAAAGGGUGUCCAGCACCACAAUUGGUAUGUUGGAGAAUACAGCCGACAAGCAGUAGAAGAGGCACUGAGGAAAGAGAGCAAGGAUGGGACUUUCUUGGUCCGGGAUUGUUCCUCGAAAUCCAGCUCAGAGCCCUAUGUUUUGGUGGUGUUUUAUGGAAACAAAGUCUACAAUGUGAAAAUCCGCUUCCUGGAGAAGGAUGGGCAGUUUGCCCUGGGGACAGGACUCAGAGGAGGCGAGAAGUUUGAUUCAGUGGAAAGCAUCAUCAAAUACUACAGGAGUUUCCCUAUUACCCUGAUUGACGGGAAAGACAAAACCGGUAUCCAAAGGGAGCAAUGCUACCUGACUCAGCCCCUUCCAUUCUCACCUUGGUAGCCUGACCCUGCUUUCAUCUUUCCUCAGGGGAGGCCUCUACCUUUCCUAACUUAUCGCAAACUAUUAUUUUCUGUGGCUUCAAAGUAGUCCAUGUUUAGAAUAAGCAAAAAACAUGCUGUAACCCAAAUCUUAGCAGGAUAUUAACAGAAAGUUGCUGGAAAUUCAAGUUCGAUUCAGAGAAGUGCACAGACCAAAGGAUAUCAUUGCUGAUGUCGCAUGAAUCUUGCUGAAAGCAGAAAAUACCAGAGAGAUGUGAUGGGGAGAGACCAGUCCUUGGAAAAGGACAUCACGCCUUCACAACAAUAUG